UUCAAAAUGGCAGCCUCCAUCAAAAAACAGAUGUGGAGAAAAUUCAAGAGAAAUUUCAAACCUUCAGCUUUAUUUCGCUUUUUGUUUGAUCCUAAUCUUUGCAUUCCUGUUAUGGUGUUGCUGUUUAUUGCAGAAUUCUGUGUCUCAAUCUUCGUCAUCAAGAAAAUCAAAUACACAGAGAUAGACUGGGUGGCUUAUAUGCAGGAAGUAGAAGGUUUUAUCAAUGGUACAUAUGAUUAUAUGCAGCUGAAAGGGGACACUGGACCACUAGUUUAUCCAGCUGGCUUUGUGUACAUUUUCUCAGGCCUGUACUACCUGACAGAUUAUGGGAAAGAUUUACAGAUGGCACAGUAUAUAUUUGCAGGGCUUUAUCUUACAUCUCUACUGGUUGUAUUUGACAUAUACAGGCGUGUGAAAAAGGUUCCACCUUUUGUCUUCUUCUUCAUGUGUUGUGCCUCAUAUAGAAUCCAUUCUAUCUUCAUACUGAGAAUGUUUAAUGACCCAGUUGCCAUGUUGUUUCUAUAUAUAGCAAUAGAUCUGUUCCUUGCAGACAGGUGGUCACUAGGAUGUCUAAUGUUCAGUUUUGGUGUGUCAGUGAAGAUGAAUAUCCUUCUGUUUGCCCCAGCUCUGCUGUUUCUACUACUGGUGACUCAGGGAAUCAUUAGAACUGUAAAAAAUCUAACCAUUUGUGCUAUACCACAGGUUGUUUUAGCAAUUCCAUUUUUGCUGGAGAAUCCAUGGGGCUACAUUAAAAUGUCUUUCAAUUUAGGACGCCAGUUUUUCUACAAAUGGACAGUAAAUUGGAGACUGUUACCGGAGGAUAUUUUUCUCAACAGAACCUUUCAGAUGUCCUUGUUACUGGGUCAUAUAGCAGUUUUACUUGCAUUUGUAUUUAUUAAAUGGAGAAGGUAUUUACCAAAGAUUGAUGUUACAAGUUUCAAGAAGCCAAAUAUUCAACUAUCUCCAGAUCAGAUAUUGCUGCCAUUAUUUACAGCCAAUUUUAUAGGAAUGUGUUUCAGUAGAUCCUUACAUUACCAAUUUUAUGUCUGGUAUUUCCAUAGUCUACAUUACCUGCUGUGGUCUACAAAUCUACCUGUUGUCAUAAGAAUACUGUUGCUGGGAAUCAUAGAGUUGUGCUGGAACACAUAUCCAUCUACAGAAUUGAGCAGUUCUAUGCUACACCUGUGUCACCUGGUGACACUAAUAGGCCUGUGGCUCUCUCCAGCUUACACAACACCAAAGAAGGCAACUACAGUGCAGAAAGUAGACUGAACACUGUGAAAAUGAUUUACACACCUACCUGUGGUUCUUAGACUUAAGAUUUUAAAAAAAAAGGCCAGAAGUGAGAAGAUAUUCACUUCCAGAAAGUUCUUUAGUUCAUUAAGGCUUGAAAGAUAGUUGGAAAUGAAAUGUGUAAAAUGCUGACAUCCAAGAGAGUUCUGUGGAAUAUUCUGCAGAAUCUAUGGAAUUGGUUAUAUGGCAGACGUGCAAGUUAUUACAGCAUUACUGCAACAAAAUAUACAAACUGGCUACCGGUAUUUAUUUAUAGUUAAUAAAAACGGGUUGUGUAUAAGAUAUUAAUACUAUCAAUUUAUGCAGGAAACAGAGGUUUUUUUACGAUGGUGUGAACAGUAUUGUUGUGCUGUGGCUGUGCAUUUUAAAUCAUAAAACGAAGUGCAAUAGUAAUCAAAUAGUGUUUAUGUGCAUGUGUGUUACUUUAACCUUUAACCUGCUAAAUUUCUAAAAUGGGCUGGUCUAUCACUCAAUUUAGGCAAUACCAUUUAUUAUUUGAAGGGGUGUUUACUGAAAAUUUACUGACUGAAUAGCGAACAGUGCAGACCAUGAUUAGCCUGCACGGAUAUUCAGGCUAACCUUGGUCUGCACUGGUCGCAAAGGCAGAAUAACUCGCCGCCAGCAGGCUUAAGGUUAAACAAGGUAUAAUAGAUAAUGUGUUCAUAUUUGAAGGAGUGAAUCUAGUUUUAGCUUUAAGCAGAGCUGUGUCCAUUAUGGAAUGUGCCAAAUUAGUUGAAGAAGUAUGACAAACUGUGUUUCAGUCUACUCUAAGAUGAGGUGACUUCAUUAAAAUGGCCAUUUUCCAGAUUUGCUUUAAUCUGUGUAUUUAUUCUUUACUGUAAAGUCUGAUAUUUUUGUGAGACUAAAUGUUUGCAAUAUU